GAACGAACACACGCACAUACACGCUCGCUCGCUCGCUCGCACAUACGCAACCACGAAUGGCCUCGACGAUGACGUCUGCCGGCGGCGCGUCUGCCUCGUCGUCCUCGGCGGUCCGUAUCGAAGCGGUGGCCAUCGUCGGCAACAAGAAUCAGCGCCUGUUUCUUGCCUCGCGCGCCUCCUCCUCCUCGUCGUCGUCGUCGUCAUCGUCGCAGGCAGGCGUGGAGGAGGCACUGCGGCUCGAGCAUGCAGCACACUGCGCCCUGGAUGUCAUCGAUGAGCGCACCCAGCCGCGCAGCACCGACCAGCAGGGCCCGCAGUCGACAUACCUCGGCCUCGUGCUUGCGCUCGAGGACCUGAGCAUCUAUGCGCUCAUCACGACGACGCGCCUCCGCAUCCUCGUCGUGCUCCGGACACCGGCGGGCGCCGCGGCUGUGUCGGCAGGCGGGAGCGCCGGGCCAGGGACAGGCACGGCUGCGGGCGCUUCGGCCGACGCCAAGGUGCGCGAUCUCGACGUCCUGACUGUCCUGCGAGCGGUCCACACGAGCUACUUGGCCUAUGCAAGCAACCCCUUUCUCGCGCUUGGGCCAGGCGCAAGCGCGGGCGCAGUGGCAGGGGCAGGCGCGAGCGUGCUCGCCUCGUCGCUCGACGCAGCCUCAAAGGGCUCCUUCGGCCACGCCUCGGCCCCGUCUCGAGCAGGCGAGAUCAGGAGUGCGACGUUCGACCGGCGGAUACGGGCCAUCGCGGGCUGGUAGAGGCUCAAGGACAUCAAGGAGGAGCAAGGGAGGAGAGGAGAGGAGAGAAGAGAAGAGAAGAGGAGAGGAGGAGCGAGGAGCGAGGAGGGACUGAGCAGUGGAUGUCUCUAUGUAUUCAAAAUGCAUGUCACGGUACAACUACAUUUCCAUCAUUUCCC